AUGUACCCUAAUCUUCCCUACACAGCAUCAAUACUUUACUUUACCCAUGUGCCUUCAAGCCCUAGUUCUUGUGUACCACGUCUCGGUCCUCGCCCAUCACCGGCAACCCUCCCUGGCGAGUCACCAUACAAAUGGAAGUCCUUUAUGCAAGACGACUUUAAGCCAAUCGAAUACAGUUUGAAAUGGGACACUGGAAAAGUGUUAUCGAAUGGAAACAUAUCGAAGCCUGAUCUCAGCAUGGUCAUCGAGGCAAUUGGUCCGCUCACCGGAACAGCACAGGACCCUCUCAACCAGGUCGGGACAGAAGAACUUCUUCGCGAGCUAGACGCUGUAAACCCAAAAGUAGACUUGACUUGGUUUCAUCAAGUUUCUCGUGCUAUAUUUAGACAAGUAGAUGCCACUGAAGCCAGAGACCAUAUCCAAGCAGCAGACUUGGCUGAUGUGGGCUGUUCAUCAAUAUUUCUUGCAUUUCAAUUUCUCAAAGGCGACCCCAAGAGCGGUUCCCCCAUCAAGGCUUACUUCAUGCUGCCAGGACGGGAAAAUUCGCAAGAAACUGAUAACCGAGCCCAUGAAAAAACCAUAGCAGCCAUUCAAAGCCUCGGACAGAAAGAUAAGUAUGAUUGGACCAUACUAGAUCAAUUGCUGUCGUUUUUCAGUGACAGCUAG